AUGCCUCCCCUUGCCUGGCUUCAUCCUCCCCGCAGCGGGACCUGCCGGGGAUCCCGAGCCGAUCCCCGCAGCCGGGAGAGGAUGAUGAGCACCCUCCUCCUGUGGGGAAUCCUCCUGGGGUGCUGUGCCCUGUGCCAGCCCGUGCCUGGGGAGCCCCCCGCAGCCCCCUGCCCACCGCAGUGCCACUGCGAGCAGGAUGGCAUCGUGCUCUCGGUGGAUUGCUCCGAGCUGGGGCUUUCGGAGGUCCCUGCCAAGCUGAGCCCUCGCACCGCUUACCUAGACCUGAGCAUGAACAACAUCAGCCAGCUGCAGCCCAGCGCGCUCCGGCACCUGCGCUUCCUGGAGGAGCUACGCCUCUCUGGAAACCAGAUCUCCAGGAUCCCAGGGGAAGCUUUCUCUGGCCUCUACAGCCUGAAGAUUCUGAUGUUGCAGAACAAUCAGCUGAGCCGCAUCCCUGCAGAGGCACUGAGAGAUCUUCCAAAUCUCCAAUCUCUACGCCUGGAUGCAAACCUCAUCUCCGUGGUGCCCGACAGCAGCUUUGAGGGGCUGCUCUCCUUGCGUCACCUGUGGCUGGACGAUAACGCCCUGACGGAGAUCCCCGUGCGAGCCCUGAACCACCUGCCAGCGCUCCAAGCCAUGACCCUGGCCCUCAACCACAUCUGGCACAUCCCCGAUUUCGCCUUCCAGAACCUCAGCAGCCUCGUGGUGCUGCACCUGCACAACAACCGGAUCCAAAGCCUGGGAGCCAACGGCUUUGAUGGGCUGCACAGCCUGGAAACCCUGGAUCUGAACUACAACGAGCUGCUGGAAUUCCCCGGGGCUAUCAGGACACUGGGACGACUGCAGGAGCUUGGCUUUCAUAACAACAACAUCAAAGCUAUUCCAGAGAACGCAUUCAUUGGGAAUCCCCUCCUUCAAACAAUCCAUUUUUAUGACAAUCCCAUCCAGUUUGUUGGACAGUCUGCUUUCCAGUACUUGCCAAAGCUCCACACUCUGUCACUCAAUGGAGCAACGGACAUCAGGGAAUUCCCAGACCUUAAAGGCACCACCAGCCUAGAAGUUUUGACCUUGACCCGGGCAGGCAUCCAUUUCCUCCCCAGAAGGAUGUGCCAGCAGCUGCCCAGCCUCCGAGUCCUAGAGCUGUCACACAACCAAAUCGAGGAGCUGCCCAGUUUCCAUCGGUGCCAGCAGCUGGAAGAGCUUGGUCUCCAGCACAACAAGAUCCAGGAGAUCAGAGCAGACACCUUUGUGCAGCUGAUGGCCCUGCGCUCCAUAGACCUGAGUUGGAAUUACAUCCAGUUCAUUCACCCAGAAGCCUUUGUGACCCUGCACUCCCUCACCAAGCUGGACUUGACUGACAACCAGUUGGUCACGCUGCCCCUGGAUGGUUUGGCUGGACUGACCCAUCUGAAGCUCCAAGGCAACCCAGCUCUCUCUGAGCCCUUCACCAAGGAGAGCUUCCCCAAAAUGAGAGUCCUGGAGGUGCCAUAUGCCUACCAGUGCUGUGCCUACGGGAGCUGCAGCAGCUUCUUCAGGGUGUCCAGCCAGUGGGAGGCAGAAGACAUGAGCCCUGAGGAGGAGGAUCCCCACAGGAGGACCUUGGAAUUGUUCCCAGGUCACCCUGAUAACCACUAUGACCUAGAUGCAGAUGAUCUUCAACUGGAGCUUGAGGAAUCGAAGCUGCAUCCCACUAUUCAGUGCACACCAAGCCCUGGUCCCUUCAAGCCCUGUGAUCACCUGUUUGAGAGCUGGAUCAUCCGCCUGGGAGUCUGGCUCAUCGUUGUGGUCUCGGUGCUCUGCAAUGGGCUGGUGAUCCUGGCUGUCUUUGCUUCCCCCAGCUACCUGUCCCCAGUGAAGUUCCUCGUGGGCUCCAUCGCUGGGGCCAACAUGCUGACGGGCAUCUCCUGCAGCAUGCUGGCCCUCGUGGACACCCUCACCUACGGCCACUUUGCCCGAUACGGCACCAGGUGGGAGACGGGUGCGGGCUGCAGGGUGACAGGGUUCCUGUCUGUGCUGGCCUCCCAGGCUGCCAUCUUCCUGCUGACCCUGGCUGCUGUGCAGUGCAGCCUCUCAGCCUCCUGCGUGCGGGGCUACGGAAAGUCCCCGUCCCUGGGCAAGGUCAAGGCUGCUGCCUGCUGCUGCCUAUUGCUGUCCUCUGUGGCUGCCCUUCUGCCUCUCUUCUCCAUUGGGGAAUACGGAGCGUCCCCUCUCUGCCUCCCAUACCCCAUCCCAGAGGGGAAACCCACCACCCUGGGCUUCACUGUGGCCUUGGUGAUGACAAACAUGCUCUGCUUCCUGACUAUCACCGGCACCUACAUCCGACUCUACUGCAACCUGCUGAAGGGGGAGUUCAGCGCUGUCUGGGACUGCGCCAUGGUCAAGCACGUGGCCUGGCUGAUCUUCACCAACUGCCUCCUCUACUGCCCAGUGGCCUUCCUCACCUUCUCCUCCACCCUCAAUCUCUUCCUUAUCACCCCAGAGGUCAUCAAAUCCAUCUUCCUUGUGGUCCUGCCCCUGCCUGCCUGCCUCAACCCCUUGCUCUACCUGCUCUUCAACCCCCACUUCAGAGAUGACUUCCGCCUGCUGAGGCAGAAGGGGCAGGACAAGAGCAGCUUCCCCCAGUCCUGCAGGGCUGAUGAGAUGGAGAAAAGCUCCUACGACUCCACCCAGGCUCUGGUGAACUUCUCCGACAUCGACGGCGUGUGUGAGACACCUGAUUCCCUGGGAGUGCGCCCCAUCCUUGACAGCUACAGCUUCCGCUCCAUGAGGCUCAUCCCCUGCCAGCAAAGGGUGGGCACCAGGGGGAAGGAGAGAGGCUGCUAUGAGCAUUGUCCCUGCCUCAAUGACAGUGAGGCGCUGAUAAGUUCAGAGAGCCGAGAUCUGUCUGGCAGCAGCCUCCGGAUAACCUUCUUCCCCUCCCCACCCACACCGCCCUACACGUCUCACUUAUAAACCUCCGUGGAGCAGCCGUGGGAACGGCCCCACAGCGCCUGCUGAGGGCCAACACCAG